UGUGAGACUUUUGGCAUCCAUGACCGCAGUAUCCUGAGUCGCGUAGCGUGAGCCGGUUGGAAGAGUUAAAUAUUUAUUUGCAUAAUCGCUGCUGUGCAGGUCUGAAGGGAAGGGUGACAGGAUGGCUGUCACAAACUUGGCGACCGUCGACGAGUUCAACACGUACAUCAAAUCCAAAGAUUUGACGGUGAUCCACUUCUACGCGGCAUGGGCGGCCCAAUGCGCGCAAAUAAACGAUGUCCUCGAGGAAAUGGGAAAGUCGGCCGAUUACAAGGGUGUAAACUUUGCGAAGAUAGCAGCGGAGGACGUUCCAGAGGUUUCUUUGAAGUUCGGCGUAUCCGCCGUACCGACAAUACUGCUGCUUAGGAACUCCGUCAUUACCGACCGAGUAGACGGCGCGAACCCGGCUGAGUUGGCCACGAAAGUAAAGCAACAGAUGUCGUCGAAGGAUCCGGUGCCGAUAGAAAUUCCGAAACCGAAGGAGAACAUCGAGGAGAGGCUGAAAAAACUCAUAAACCAUGCGCCCUGCAUGCUUUUCAUGAAGGGAAACCCGGCCAAUCCACGGUGUGGAUUCUCAAGGACGAUAAUCUCCGUCUUGGACUCUUACAACGCCGAUUAUCAGACCUUCGACAUUCUUCAAGACAACGACGUCAGGGAGGGUUUGAAGAAGUUCAGCAACUGGCCAACUUAUCCACAGCUAUAUUUGAACGGCGAAUUACUCGGCGGUUUGGAUAUUGUUAGAGAAAUGGGCGAAGCCGGCGAACUUGAGGCUAUGCUGCCCAAGAAAGUUAGUUUAGAAGAGAGAGUUCGAGAAGUCAUCGCCAGGGGAAAGACAGUGAUCGUCAUGAAAGGAACCAAGGAGGAACCGAAGUGUGUUUACACGAAACAAAUCAUGGAGAUCUUCGAUGCGAUAAACGUGCCUUACGAAACAUUCGACAUACUCAUGGACGAAGAAUUGCGAAUCGCUUUGAAGUCCUAUUACGACUGGCCCACUUAUCCCCACGUUUACGUCGACGGAGAACUGAUCGGCGGUUUUGAAACGGUUAAGGAUCUAUACGAAAGCGGCGAACUCAUAGACACCUUGUACUCCGAUACGUUCAAGGGAAACCGGCGAGUCUUAAAUUCUAUCGGCGACAAUUUCAAGUCUGCGUAGGUAUCACAACUGAGGAUUUUAACCCACAAACUGCAUCGGAACAUCGCAAGAAUUAAAGCCGUCAAAAAGACGUCUAAAGGAUGUCUUAUGUAAGGCCCAAGGAACGUCGCUUGGGUCUCAAAAAAAUUACGCAGACCAUUCGCGAUCGGUGUGUUGGGUUUAAACUUUAAACCCAAACGAAUAUUCUCAAAUCGUGCCUUUUGCAGAAAUUGGUAAUAAGGUUUUGGACGAGAGCGAUUCCUGAUAGAAAAUGUAACAAAGAAACUCGACAAGAUCCGAAUCUUUUGGAACAGAUGUAAUCUGUAAUUAAGGGUAAAAUAAACGAAACAAUUGAGUUUAUU